CCCAACCCCCCCAAUAAUGCGCACGUUUUUCGAUACUAUCACAAACACGAGCGCUGGCCAGGAUAAGUUCUUAAAAGUUGUUCAAAAUGUGAUUCGGCUUUUCUUGUCCCUGCCACUGUCAGGGAGAUACAAAUGUAGACUUCGAUGGCUCGACAAAUCAAUUUUUAUGCGGCUUCGUGCGGAGAUUGGAAUCGCGGUCAAGCUCACUCGCAUCUGUUCUGUGCCGGGGCAUUUACAGCAGAUGGGGGAUGCGAUCUGUUGUAAAAGCGAACCAGCUCUUCUCCGGACUUUGAGAGUUGCUAAGGCACUUGGAUAUACAACUUUCGCAAUAGGAGAUCUUGUUAGCUACCUCUCCACCAUUGCUUUCACGAUCCCAUCGAAGUGGAAAGCCAAGAUAGCACGGGCAUCCGUUCAUGCUCUUCUCCUUGCCACCAUCUGUCAAUUCUUGAUGGUUUCUAUUUCUUUGACAAAGAAUAUCAAGAUUACAUAUCAACGCACUAGCCGAGGUCCUAAAUUAAACGGCAUUCCUCGAUUAAAUAUAGCCAAACAACAGGAAGUACGAAGUGUCCUUCCUUUUCUAAGCGCAACGUGUGACAUGGUGUCUGCGAUCGCCGGUGCCGGCUAUAAAGAGGUCAACGAUGCAACGCUGGGAAUCCUUGGGUCCUUGAGUGGCGGAUCCGGAUUGACGUUGAUUGUCGCUAAAUAACAACAUGCGGAUUACCUCGACGUCUUCGAAGAUUGUCGUGGUAAUUCGUCUACAUCACAUGACGUAACGAAACCCAUGAUUUAUCGCCCUAAUUGCAUUCAAAUUUUAUGUGGUCUGUUGGUUUGUAGUUCUACUAACUGAGACGACUCUCAAUGAUACUUUCCUAUACCAAUGCCCUAGAAUAUCUGUUUUGCCGGAGAUGAGUCGGUUUUGGAUACAUUGGAUUCGGUUUGCCGAGGCAUUUGAUUAUUUAUCCAUCUUAUCAGUCUGGGCCUCGGCAAACGAAGGUAGAGAGGUAGAGUUUAGCUUCCUCUAGUGGCGAAUUCCCCACUACUUUCUGUUAUGGUUUUA